ACCGUGCUAUAAACCAGAAGCACUACGUCGCCAAUUUCAUUCGAGAAGCUGUACUAUGGUAACCCGUUUACGUACAUCAGCAGCGUAGCGAUGAUCUGAAGCAGCGAAGUUGCCGGAUUCAAACCUGAUUGUUGAACCUCUUUUACUGCUUGUGGACAAUAGCAAUUAAAUACAUCUACAUCAUCGCAGAACAACACGUUGACGCUUUUGUUUACUAAGCGAGAAAAUAGUUGGCAUUGUCAACUUCUUCAGCAAUGGCAAAACUGGACGCCGGUUUCAUAGUUUUUGAAUUGAUGAUAUUUUGGGGAACGGUCUUGUUUGUCAGUGCACAUCAAUCUAAUCCACGUCAACAAAUCAUGUACGCCGCGGAAAAUCGUGCACUGCGAGGGUUCGUAUAUGCAAACAAAACUGUGCGAUCUCGUGUCAUCUGCGGACGGGAAUGCAGCAUGGAUGAACGUUGCAAGUCGUUUAACUUUAACGACUGCAAUAAAAUGUGCGAGUUGAACUUUGCAACCAAACGAGAGCAUCCCGAAGACUUCAAUGCAACUAAAGAGAGUGUGUACUUUGAUGAAGAUGAGGACCCACCUCUCUGCUCACUGACUGAUAGCUCUAUGAAUCGCUACAAAAGUUGCAAGAUGCUCUUAGAUGCCGGUUAUCGCUCAAGCAGUAUCUACACAAUCUACCCAGAGGGAUUCGGAAAUGGCGGUCUUCGUGUAUACUGUGACAUGGAAACUGACGGCGGGGGAUGGAUCGUGUUUCAGAGGCGACAAGAUGGCAGUGUGGACUUCUACCGUAACUGGACCGAGUACCAGUCUGGCUUUGGUGAUCUGUCCGGUGAGUUCUGGUUGGGCAAUGACAACUUGGUGACUCUGACGUCUGAUGAUUCACGUGGAACAUGGGAGCUACGAGUUGAUUUAGAGGACUGGGAGAGCAACACGGCAUGGGCCAAGUACUCAGAUUUCCAAAUAUCCCCGGGUGAGUACAAUCUGAAUAUUGGCCAAUACGAUGCCAGCAGCACUACCGGUGACUCUCUUGCUCUUGGGCAUCACACAUAUUCCAGGUGGGAUCACAGAGGACGUCCUUUCACAACAAAGGAUCGUGACAAUGAUCAAUAUUGUGCAAAAAAAUACAAAGGAGCUUGGUGGUUUAAUGAUUGUUGGUAUUCUCACUUGAAUGGUCCAUAUUACCCAGAUGAGAAUGCUGGUAGUAACAUGGGCGUGCAAUGGUUUGCAUGGAAAUCGCGUGAUUAUUCUCUGAAAGAAUGUAGCAUGAAAAUGCGUGAAAUUGGACCAUGAACGUUUUUAUAUUGAAUAAUUGUAUAAUGUUAAUAUCGAAAUUAUUGUUUGGUUUGUACUUGUAAGUCAUGAACAAUUAUACAACCAUGAUUAUCUAAUACCACCUCGCACCUUUCAUACAUUUGAAUAAACACUGACAAAACUGUGUUAGGCAAUUAAACGCAUUCUUGCUAUGAUUGAUAAACAUUUUUAGAAGCUAAACAUUACGUGUGCAAUGCCUAUAAGUCCAUGUGCAAUUCUAAACAGUAUUCAUCAAUACUCAUGUUUAGAUUUAUACGUGUUUACAAAGUGAUAGCAAAAAGGUUUUAAGAAAAGUGUUUGCUGAACACAGGUUUGCAGUAAUUUUGUAUUGGUUUGGUAUUGCAACUGUUGAUCUAUUCAGAAUUACCGUUUAAAUUGUACUCCCUUUUUCUGCCUAUGCACUUUCUCGUUUAAAUGCCAGAUAUUAUCAUAAUGGCUACGUUUCAGAAAGUGAGCACGAGUCGAAUUGGACUUGCGUGUACGGACUAGAAUAUUGUCUUGAAACGUGCGGUAUGAAACUGCUUGUUUUUGUGUACAUGUAUAAUGUAUCUGCCUUUUCAUUGGUAAUGCAUUUCUGGGCUGAUUUGCAUACUGCUUUUUUGUAGCUCAGAUUAUACACUCUUGUAUCAAAUGGCUGCCACGCCCAUUAAAGGGUGAUUUUUUUUCUCAUGAAUAUAAAGGUCUGUUUAAAGUUUCACACUUUAAUGAAAAAGUGCACAAUUUGUUCUUUUUCUUCUGGACUAUGACGGAACUUGGUGGAAAAUGUUCUCUCAAAAUUGUAAAUACGUAAACAAAAAAAAUGGGUGUUUUUUUUUC